AACGUCUCUGCCUCCAACCGCCCCGAGUCACCACCUCACCGCUGCAAAACACAGCACAGGCCGGACUACUGUCUUUCUCUGAACAAGAACGAGGAACACCAUCGAGAUGUCUGACAUGGAGGACGAUUUCAUGUGCGACGAUGAAGAGGACUACGACCUGGAAUACUCAGAGGACAGUAAUUCCGAGCCAAAUGUGGACCUGGAGAACCAGUACUACAACUCCAAAGCCUUGAAGGAGGAUGAUCCCAAAGCAGCACUUAGCAGUUUCCAGAAGGUGUUGGAACUAGAAGGAGAGAAAGGAGAAUGGGGGUUCAAAGCUCUCAAACAGAUGAUCAAAAUCAACUUUAAGCUGACCAACUUUCCAGAAAUGAUGAACCGGUACAAGCAGCUCCUUACGUACAUCAGAAGUGCAGUCACCAGGAACUACUCGGAGAAGUCCAUCAACUCCAUUCUGGACUAUAUCUCUACCUCCAAACAGAUGGACUUGCUGCAAGAGUUCUACGAAACCACACUGGAGGCUUUGAAAGAUGCAAAAAAUGAUCGACUGUGGUUCAAAACCAAUACAAAGUUGGGGAAGCUGUAUUUGGAGAGAGAAGAGUAUGGGAAACUACAAAAGAUUCUUAGGCAACUUCACCAGUCAUGUCAGACAGAUGAUGGAGAGGAUGACCUGAAGAAAGGCACACAGUUGUUGGAGAUCUAUGCCCUGGAAAUCCAAAUGUACACAGCUCAGAAAAACAACAAGAAAUUGAAAGCCUUGUAUGAACAGUCACUCCAUAUUAAAUCUGCCAUUCCUCACCCGCUCAUAAUGGGAGUUAUCAGAGAGUGCGGUGGAAAGAUGCAUUUGAGAGAGGGUGAAUUUGAGAAAGCUCACACAGACUUCUUUGAGGCCUUUAAAAACUACGAUGAGUCCGGAAGCCCAAGAAGGACAACUUGCCUGAAGUACCUGGUCUUAGCAAACAUGCUGAUGAAGUCAGGAAUAAACCCUUUUGACUCUCAAGAGGCCAAACCAUACAAAAAUGACCCAGAGAUCCUAGCGAUGACAAACUUAGUAAGCGCCUACCAGAACAAUGACAUCACCGAAUUUGAGAAAAUCUUGAAAACAAAUCACAGUAACAUAAUGGACGACCCCUUCAUUAGAGAGCACAUAGAGGAGCUUCUGAGGAACAUUAGAACUCAAGUACUUAUCAAACUCAUCAAACCAUACACAAGAAUACACAUCCCUUUCAUUUCUAAGGAGCUGAACAUUGACGUGUGCGAUGUGGAAAGUUUGCUGGUUCAGUGCAUCUUGGAUAACACAAUCCACGGACGAAUCGACCAGGUGAACCAGCUACUAGAACUGGACUACCAGAAAAGAGGAGGGGCUCGCUACACAGCUUUAGACAAAUGGACAAAUCAGCUGAACUCUCUGAACCAAGCCAUUGUUAGCAAGCUCACAUGAUGGCAUGUAAACAUCAAGAGACGAGGAAAAUGGCAUGUUUGAAGACAUCCAUUAAGUUGCUUCUGUGCUUCUUCAAGUAUAUCCUCUGAGACAAGAUACACAGCACAGAUUUUUGAGAAUGCAUCAAUUUCAAGAAGACUCGCCAGAACCCCGAGAACGUGUUCAAAGUGUGUUGUUUUGUCCCAAUGACAGGAAUUCACUGACACUUAUUUUUGUUUUUCAUGUUCCUGAUUGGCAGAUCCUUCCAUGUGCAACACACAAAUGCUUCAGUUGUUUAAAAAAACAAAAAAAAAGUCCAAAUGUGUAUGAAAGCGUGUACACAGUAUUUUAAUGUAUACUGUUGCCUGUUGGUAAUAAACAGAUUUCUCUCAGCACUAAAAAAGGA